AUGGCACUCCUGAAGAAGGAAAAUAACAACAACACGGGAAUUAUCACAAAGUCAUCAUACUGGAACGUCAACAGGUUAUUUUUCUACAAGAAAUUGACCUUGAGGAAGGAACGCCUCACAUCUCCACAACAGCUUACCUUCCCUUUGGAGGGUGAUGAUGACAAGAUUGUUGGAGGAUAUGAAUGUAGGAAGAACUCUGUGCCCUACCAAGUAUCCCUAAAUGUUGGUUAUCACUUCUGCGGAGGGUCUCUGAUCAGUAACCAGUGGGUCCUGUCUGCAGCUCACUGCUACCAGUCCCGUAUUCAGGUUCAUCUUGGUGAGCACAACAUUGCCAUCAAUGAAGGCACCGAGCAGUUCAUCAGCUCUUCCAAGGUCAUCAGGAACCCCAGCUACAGCAGCUCCACCCUGAACAAUGACAUCAUGCUGAUUAAGCUGAGCCAGCCUGCCACUCUGAACAGCUACGUCCGCACUGUGCCCCUGCCCACAAGCUGUGCUUCUGCUGGCACCAUGUGUUUGAUCUCCGGCUGGGGCAACACCCUCAGUAGUGGCACGAACUACCCUGACACUCUAAGGUGCCUGGACGCUCCCAUCCUCAGUGACACCAGCUGCAGAAAUUCCUACCCUGGUCAGAUUACAUCCAACAUGUUCUGCGCUGGGUAUCUGGAGGGAGGCAAGGAUUCCUGCCAGGGUGACUCUGGAGGCCCAGUGGUGUGCAAUGGGCAGCUCCAGGGUAUUGUGUCCUGGGGAUAUGGCUGUGCCAUGAAGAACAAGCCUGGUGUGUACACCAAGGUCUGCAACUACAAAACCUGGAUCCAAAAUACUAUUGCUUCCAACUGAGAAUGAA